AUGUCACUCAAGGACUACAAGCACCUCCGCGACUCUACUAAUGCAGACGACCUAAUCGCGUUCCUUGGUUCCAUCGAGAGUGGUUCAACAACUCUUGUUGGAUCGGACAAAUCCGAGUUUAUGAAUGAACUAUUGAGUGAUCUGGACAAGGUACCAGAGAGUUGGAACGAACAAGUUACAACACGUGCUAUCCAGACAUUAAAGUUUCUAGGCCGUGACAUGAAUGAUGCCGAUCCACUUUUUUCGGAACGGGGCAUGAGGAUCCUUUUGAAGCUGGGUGGUCUUUUGGAUGGAUGCAAGGAUCGUGAUACUACCAGCACUCGCGAAGCACUGAAAUGUCUAUCCAAUUGCAUUCUUCUCAAAGAUGCCACAAAGACCUGGGUGAUACAACACGGUGGUGUCUCCGCUUGUUUCCAUCUUUUGGCGUUGCCCGAGCUGAGCAUGGAAUCUCAAUUCUUGACAUGUCGUAUCUUGUUCUUUAUGACGGUGAAUGGUGAAGAGAUCGUGGAGCAAUUGAUGGCCCUUAAUAUUGCACCCGCUCUGACUCAGGUGCUUGUGCCCCAUGUCAAUAAUGUAUUGCAUGGUGAAACCAUUGACACCACAUCAUCCCCGAUCAAUCCAAUCUCUGUGAUCAGCGAAGCACUCAAACUGCUCUUUAAUUUGCUACUGGUGGAGAAUCGACGUGAUGAAGGCAAAGAAGAUGAGAUUGGUCAAUACUUUUCAUCCUGUCUACCGCCCAUCUUUGAUCUCUUGUUCGUAUGGAAACUACACAAGCCAAUGCCUCUUGUUGCUCCUGUGAAUUAUGCCAUCCAGGCCUUGAUGCAAUAUCCUUAUUCAGCCAUGCGUCUCGUUUGGAAGACUUAUGCCAAAGAAACAUUCAAGCCAGGCCCUGGUGAAGGCACUCGAGAAAUCGCAGCGGCACGUCUCAUGGAUUUUGUCGAGUAUUCGUUGAAAUACUUGAUCCCAACCGGUGAUCCUGACAACCUCGGGUCAAUGGCCAAGGAACACAAUGCGGAUGCUGCUUUGGCACCUCUUCUCUUGGUUAUUCACAAACUUGCUGCAAAUGAUACGGCUUUUGCCGAUCACUUCAAAUUACGUAUGCUGCCAUCAGAAAGCGAUCGGGAAAAGCCUGUCAACAUAGGUGAUAGCAUGCCAGCCACUCUUAUCCGACUCAUGACAUCUACCAUGCUUUCUCAAACACGUGAAGCUGUUUCCGAGUGCCUGUUUUCAUUGUGCAAUGAUGAUGCAUCCGAGUUUAGUCAACAAGUCGGGUAUGGAAAUGCCAUUGGCUUUUUGGUGAAUCGUGGUAUUGCAGUGGAGCCACCCCAAGGAGAGGCUGAUGCAAGUAACAAAAUCAUCAAUCCUAUCACUGGGCAAUAUGUGGACGCUGAAUCUCAAGAGGGACCAAGCUUGGCAGACAUGACGGAUGAGGAAAAGGAACGAGAAGCAGAACGACUUUUUGUCCUCUUUGAACGAUUGAAGAAAACAGGCGUUAUUGAUGUGGAGAAUCCUGUUGCAAAAGCCAUGCGAGAAGGACGUUUACAAGAAAUCAAUAGUGAUGAUGAAGGUGAUUCGGACAAUGAGUAA